GCUCAGUAAAGCGGUGCUUUCGACUUCAGGAGUUGCUUUUAAUCCCCCCGCAAGAUCGCAGCAUCCAUGAACGAGAAUGACAUCACAAUACAGGACGAUGGAGUAGAGACUACGGAGCAUCACCAGCGCAUGCGUCUUGCAUUAGAUUUGGCGCUGGAAGCCCAUUCUGUCGGCGAAGUACCUGUAGGAUGUGUCUUUGUCUAUAAACACACAGGAAAAGUCAUUGGCCAGGGGAGGAACAGGACAAACGAGAGUCUGAACGGGACGCGCCAUGCAGAGUUUGAAGGGAUCGACAUGAUCUUGUCCCAGGAAGAAUACCGGACUCAGGCACAAGAUCCAUCCAAAGACUUUUGGAAGGACGUAAUCCUUUACGUGACAAUCGAACCCUGCGUUAUGUGUGCGAGCGCUCUACGACAACUUGGUAUUGGACAAGUCUACUUUGGCGCUGGCAACGAUCGCUUCGGUGGUAAUGGAUCUGUCUUUCACAUUCACACGGACUGCAAUCUCCCCCAUUCAACUUAUCCUUCUGAAGGUGGCUACUUCCGAGGCGAGGCCAUAAUAGUUCUUCGCAAAUUUUAUGUCGGAGAAAAUUCUCACGCCCCCGACCCCAAGAAGAAGAAACACCGCGUGCUCAAAGAGGACGUCUAGCCUUAAAUAUGGAAUGAAAAAAAGAAAAGAAAAGAAAGGAUUGCUUAUUGCGCUGCAUGCAGAAUGCCUAUCUCGAACAAAUCUCGAUCCCCAUGUGCUGUGCUUCGCCCGCAUGCAAUGCACAAAAAAAGCGGGAAAAUGCAAAAAAUAAAUUAUUGCGCUACAGC